GAACGCUCACGGCUCGCUCACACACUCACCUUCUCUCCGCUCGUGUCUUCCGUCUCGUAUGUCUUUUCUUUUUUAAAUAAAAUAAAUUUGGUGAUAAUAAUUCUCGUCCUGGUUAACUUUUAGGAGAUUGAAGAGUUUCUUCUGUUUCGCUUUGAAAAUCUUCUCGUCUCAUUAAUCCGUUUCAUCUCAGUAGUGUUUUUAAUUUCUUAAUAAAUUCAGUCUAGUAGAAGAAACGUUUCAGUUUGUUUUCGUUUUUUUGUCGUCUUCCUCGUCUUCUUCCUCUUCCUCUUCUUUCAUUAAUUGUUCUUUAAAACGAACGGCAUUUUGAGCGUGAAACAGAGCAUAUAUAAAAUCAUCAUUGAAAGCACAGGAUAUAUAUAUGUGUGUGUAUAUAUGUACCUUUUUGCGUAAAUUUUAGUAAGUUCUCCAACAUGGAAGGUUUUAUUUGAUAUAUGGAAAUUAGUAGGUGUAUUUGGUAUUUCCAGUUUGGGGAAGCUUUAUCGAUUUAUAUUUUGCCUUUUUUUUUUUCCUUUCUUUUAUUUUUGGAAAUAAAUAAAUAAAUAAAAUCAUAUAUAGCAACGCAAUCGACAAUCUUCUCCUUUUUCGUUAUACUUGCUUUUUUGAAAUUUUGAUUUGGGGUUGAAAGAAGAGAAACGAAAAGAAAGAUUUAAGACAAAAAGAAAGAAUAUGUGGUGGUUGGAGUCGUCUUGCACGAGUACACAGUCUAAUCUGGAGAGAUUUCUCUGCUCCAUCACUCCUUCUCCUCCUUCAUUUUCACUUCCUCAGAGCUGCAUUCAUGGUCUAAACAGCCUAUGGCAACCAGGGGAAAAAGAUGUAAUUGAAUAUUUCAUGUUAAGUGAUCUCUGGAAUUGCUAUGAUGAAUGGAGUGCAUAUGGUCUGGGCACCCAAGUUGAGCUGAGCAAUGGCGAGAAUGUUGCACAAUAUUAUGUUCCAUACUUAUCUGCCAUUCAGAUCUACACUUACAAGUCUAGUGUGUCUUCUAGGAAUCUUAGAGAUGAUAAUAAUGUUCCAGAAUUUGAAAGUGAUUCUUGGAGUGAUGAUAGCGGAAGUGAUAAACUAUCCAGAUCUCUGAGCAACAACUCAAGCAAAGCUUGGGAUGUUACUUCUGAAGAUUCAAGUUUUGAUCAGGAGGCCUCAUGGACAUUGAAGGACAGGCUUGGCUACCUUUUCUUCCAAUACUUUGAGAUGUCAUCUCCUUAUUGGAGAGUUCCACUCAGGGCUAAGGUAACUGAAUUGGCUCGGAAUCAUCCAGCACUAAUGACAUUUAGGAGUAUCGAUCUUUCGGCAGCUAGUUGGAUGGCAGUGGCUUGGUAUCCCAUCUAUCAUAUUCCAUCUCAGAAAAAUGAGAAGGACUUGUCAGCAUGCUUCCUUAGUUAUCACACACUAUCAUCUUGUUUCCAAGAUAAUGUAAUUGAGCAGGGCAUCAAUGCUGAAAAAGAUAUGGGUUCUGAAACUUUAGGAAGCAACAUAAAUGGUAAAAGGAAAGAACAGAGUAGCAGUUCUCUUCCUCCAUUUGGACUGGCUACAUACAAGAUGCAAGGGGAUAUCUGGGUAAAGCCAGAGACAUCAGAUCAUGAAAGAUUAAUUUAUCUUCAAAGUGCUGCAGAUUCCUGGUUGAAGCAGCUUGACAUUCACCACCAUGACUAUAACUUCUUCAGUUCCCACUCAACCGUGUAAAUUGGUACAUGUCAGGGCCUCAGCUUCAUUUUCCCCUUUUCUUUCUUUCAAUGUUCUUCUAGCAACUGCCCCUGGAGAUUCCCUUUCUUGUAGUUAUGAUCAACUAGCAAAUCCAUAUCAUGUGCUUGCCAUGGAAGUGACAAUGUGUCCAUCGAAAGCAAAACUUGAUGUAGAGAGUUUUUUUAGGGGGUGUUUGCAUAGAGUUUCUUGGUAUAUAAGCUUUUUUUUAUAUAUAUAUAUAUUUUCCUCGUGUUUUCAAGCAUGUGUAUGCACGUACAGCAGCUUUGUAUGUACCAAUAACCCUUCAAGCUUGUUAACGAAACUGCAAUUGAUCAA